CCCGUGGCUGCCCCGCCCGUGCGGGGCCCCGCGGCGCCGCUCCCGCCGAUGCUAUGCCAAAGCCAGAGGUGUCCGCAUCCUACCAGGAGAAAUUCCAACAAUUGCAAGUUGAGAGCAUGUUUGGAAAUUGAACCACUGUUUUAACUACACAGCUGAGUGAAGAUGUGGAGCGAGUAUCUGAAAAUCCAACAGAGGAGAGAGAAGGGGAGAUGGAAGUUAAUGAAGAUUCCAACUCUGUUAUUUUACCAGAUGGUGAACUGGGUACCACUACCCCUUCUUUGCGUUUCAGCAAGACCUGCCUAAAGAAUGUUUUUUCAGUAAUUCUCCUGUUUAUUUAUCUACUGCUCAUGGCUGUAGCUGUGUUCCUUGUCUACCAAACCAUCAGUGACUUCAGGGAGAAGCUCAAGCACCCAGUGAUGUCUGUCACUUACAAGGAAGUGUCCUUGUAUGAUGCACCUGGUAUUGCCUUUUACCCAGGCAAGGCUCGGCUGCUUAGCUGCAAGCAUCAUUACUACGAUCACAUUCCACCUCUGAUAAAUCCAGGUCAGCCAGGAGACAUUGAAUGCACCACUCAGAGGAUCAACUACACAGAUCCUUUUACUAAUCAAACUAUGAAAUAUGCUUUGAUUGUUCAAGGCCCUCGUGAUGUGAAGAAAAGGGAACUGGUGUUUUUACAGUUCCAUUUAAAUGAAACAGACCAAGAUUUCAGUGCCAUUGACUACCUGCUGUUUUCUUCUUUCCAAGAGUUCGUCAGCAGUCCAGAAAAAGCAAAAUUCAUGAAGGACUGUGAAAGCUCAUACUCCAGCUGGAAGUUUUCUGGAGGCUUCCGAACUUGGGUCAAGAUGUCCUUGGUCAAAACAAAAGAAGAAGAUGGUAGUGAGACUGUGGAAUUCAAACAGGAGACCAGUGUGGUUAACUACAUUGACCAGAGAACUAAACCAAGGAGUGACCAGCUGUUCUUUGUGGUGUUUGAAUGGAAAGAUCCUUUCAUACAGACUGUUCAGGACAUUAUCACAGCAAAUCCAUGGAACAUGAUUGCUCUUCUUUGUGGUAUCUUUCUGGCCCUGUUCAAGGCAGCAGACUUUGCCAAGUUAAGUGUUAAGUGGAUGAUCAAAAUCCGAAGAAGGCAUCUCAAGAGGACUCGUCAAGUAACGAACCACAUAAGCUGAGACUAAGACUGCCUUUUAACUGUUCAUAGCAGGAGGGAUAGAAAAUAACUGGAAUAAGCUGCAAUCAGCAAUUAAAGCUGAAAACCAGGUAUGUUUUCUUCCAGAGAGAUGCUGGCUGGAAGAACAGCCUAGUGAACCGGCUCAGAACUGCAGGAGGAGCUAACUCUAGGACAGGUCUAACAAACUCACGCUUUUCUAGUCCAAGUUUAACAAGUUUACCUCGGUGUAUGGGGAAACCAGGGGGAAAGGGGGGAAUUCACUGAUGGUCAGAAAGUCAUCUCUGUAGUAAAUUGAGAAAAAUGGACAGUGUUUGAAUAUUUCUUAGCCAGACCCUUUACUUUCUGCAUCAGCUGUCACUGCCUUGAUGGGCACUCAGUGGAAAGUAAAGGACUCUGAACACAUCCUGGCCUCUCUUCUCCAAAGUAUGUUUUGAAACAAAAUACACUGGAAUUCUAUUACAUGUCAUCUUUAAAUCAAAGUACAACGACUUUAAUAUUAAAUAAUCCUUCAAGUAA